UCACGAUGUCAGCUCGGAAAGCCAAAACUCUCAAACGUUUGUCAGCCGGAUCGAGCGAACGUACUGGACCUCUACCUCUUCCUCCAGAAGUCCUGGACAUUGUCUUUCAGAAUCUUAACUCGCCGCAAUCACUACUGGCAUGCGCGCUGAGUUGCUCCGCGUUCGAAACUGGUGCAAUUCGACAGUUAUGGAAGGCUAUCGCGCCAAAGAGCUGGGACGAAGUCUCACUAAUCAGCUCCAUUUUGGAGAAGUCGAUGAGAUCCUCUGGUACACCACAGAAGCCUUUGACUACCGCCGAUGCGAGAGGACCACAAGCUACCAGCACUCAAGCGACUACAUGUAGAAGAAGUAGUCUGCGAUUGGCGAAAAGGGUCAAGAGGCAGAUAAAAGACGCAUGUGUCCUUGGAAUUGAAUCGAUAGAUACGGAAGCCGACAGAGCGGCGAUCAUCCUAGCGGCCAUACUCUCUGAAACCCCUUCUAACUACAUGCACUGGCCCCCGUCUCUUACGCUCCCAAAGAAAGUCAGAGAGCUUCUCGAUGUUAUACAAACGCACGGAGUAGAGAGGGUCUUUUCUGAUGAGCUCUUGGAGCAGUUGGCUCCGUUUCGAGCUUCCGCUUGGCUUUCAAAUAACGGGCAAACAGCUGAUAUUGUAUCGCCUGCCCGCAAGAACUCUGCCGAGAGUCAUGCGGAAGAGAUGGUGGGGAUGGAGUCUUGCGGGCCACUAGGUAGAAAAAGGUUGACUAGGUGGCCCUAUCACCGAUUUGUACACGCCCUGGAUUUUGAUAAUUUAACUGUUCUUGGUCAACCGUGUACAAAUCCGGUUCACUCGGGCUUUUACUUUGAUUUGACGUUAUCCUCCUUAUUUUCAAGUUGUAUUGAGCUGCAAAGUAUAAAGAUGUUUGACUUUCCCUUGGGGCCAAAAGCUGUCCAAUGUCUCCUCUCGUCCUGUCGUAAGCUGAAAUACGUGCACCUUCCGCUAUGCCAUUUAACCGAUGACACCCUGCGGAGACUCUUGACCUAUUUGGUACCUCAACUUGAACGAUUGGACGUCGAACAGCCGAUUUUAGACGAUUCAGAAAUAAUGGACGACACUCUGGGCCUUCUCAUCAAUAGAUGUAGCAGGAUGAAUAGCCUUGGUCUUGCUGGGUGUAGGAGGGUCAAGGAAGACACCUUGUUGAAGAUAAUUGAGUCCAUGGAUGCCCUGCGUUCGUUCGAUGCUGGAGCUCUGAUUAUCAGUGAUCAACUGCUGAAGGCUAUUGCAAAUAAGCAUGGGCGUACUCUGGUCAAUCUUUGUUUGAGAAAGACAAAGGGUCUGACAUCGCACGGGUUUCAGCUCAUUGCCGAAAGUUGCCCAGCAUUAAGACAAUUGGACUUAACUGACACGUUAUUCUAUACGGACGAUGACAUCAAAAUGUUUGCAAGAUCUUGCCCCCUUCUCACGCACCUCCAUUUAGGCGCGGACGACUUACUAAUUAGUCGGAUCACCGAUGAAUCAUUGAGCGCCAUUUCCUCUCUUCCCCAUCUCGUUAUCGUCCAGCUUCUCGGCCAGUACUGCAUUUCAGAUACUGGCAUCUAUGAGCUAGCAGCGCAUGGGCGAGGUCUUGAAGAGUUCACAGUCAGCUGCGGCGAUUCCGUGACAGAACGCAGCUUGGUUCCCUUGAUUCGUAAAAGUGGCAAAAAACUCCGAAAUAUGUUUUUGUUCGAAGGAUCGUACGUUACUUCCAGAGUGCUCAAAGUACUGGAAGAGUCUUGUCCUGAGCUUGAGACAUUAUGGAUUUUUUCGUGUCCACAAAUCUCCAAACGUAGUCUCAAGAUGUGGCUGCAACGCAAUGCCAAUACCAAGAAUCUUCAGAAGUUCAGUCGUAUUGGCUGUGACUACCGGUUUACCGAGAGGGAGAGGCGACAGCUACAAGAUUUAUAUCACAACUUGAAGUUUGAUAACUAAUCCGUUUACAAGAACUUUGUUUCUGUAGCGUGUCAAUUGUACAUAUACCUAUAUCCGCUAUAUAUCACGUAUGGAUCUGCGC